AUGGUUGUAGUAGAUGAGAGUGAUAAUGAUGGAGGUGGCAAUAAUAGGGGAAGAACGAUGAAUGAGAAGAAGUUAUUUAAUUUUAUUUGGAAACAUGUUUCGUAAACGAUGCAGUUUUUAACAGGUCUAUGCCUUUUGGAAAAUGUAUCAGCGAUUUUAUGGGAGACUUCAUGAAUGGUCCAGUGAAGCAAGACCAGGCUUUUGGAUGAUCUGAUCUGGAUUAAAAACAGUUAUAGGACUAGCACGAGGCUCGGUCUUUAUCCGAAGGCGAGUCUCUCGUCUGGGUCUCCACGGUCUAGUGAGCGUGAGAUCGAGAAACCGUGAGCACUGGACGAAAUGGGAGACAGGCCCCAGACAGGUUUAGGACAGUCUCGAAGGAGGAAGUGCUAUGAAUUCUCGAGACAUCACAACGCAGUACUUACUUUGAUACCAUGCAAUGCCGGGCAACAGUCUUUGGAAACCUCUUGGGCAGCACCCAUGGGAAUAGAUGCACUUCGUAUUUUACAUUAAAUGCAAUAUCUCCUGUGAAUUGGUGAAUAAAAAAAAUCUUCGCAUUUUAGGACAUUGCUUUCGAUAACUUGGCGCUAGGUCAAGUAUUGUUAAGCCUCUUUGGUCAGGGACGGCAUUUGUUAUGACUGGAUACGCGCAUUGUGGAAUGACCUAGGAUUCGCAAUAUCUGUUAUCCAAAUAAAAUGACCCUCUAGUGAUUUCUUUCAGUACAUACUUUAUCUACAGCAUACAAUUGCAAUCUCACCUCGGCCUCGAAAUAAGCGGCCAGAAAUCGCCUACCGGUAUAUGAAUGAAGCCCUGGCCCUGAAGAUCAAAAUGAUGGAAAGGGGGAACUACACCACAUUUCAACAUUGACAACAGUGAAGGAACACGGCACAUCUACGAUAUCUCUCGAGGGCCAAACUGAAUAAGGGAGAGCGUCUGAAUUCAACUUCUAUUUUUAGAAAAAUUGAUAUCACAGAAGUAGCCAGCAAUUAAUAACAUUAUAUUUUGUUGACAUAGUGCAACUGAUAGAUGCUGCCGUCAUUUAGUUCCAUAAUAUGGUAAUAGUUCUUAGGAUGGCUUCUCUACUUCAGGCAAAUUUCCUAGCAACGAUCAUCCUCUCCUUCGUGGGCUUCGUGUUGUGUCACAAGAGUUCCUUCCUCAAUCAUGAAGAGUUGGGUAAUUACAUUGGAAAAGAGGACAAGUAUAUAGACUAUCACAUAUCACAACCACAAGAGAUAGGGGCACCUUCUAGGAGAAGACGUUCGACCACAGCCACGGAGGACGCAACGCAGACAAACGAACAGCAUCUUGUAAAUGCGCGCCAAUUCGAAAUUCAUGCUUUUGAUACAACAUACCACGUGGUCGUUGAGCCAGCUCAGGGGUUGGUCAAAGAAGGACUCGAAGCAGAGUUCGUCGGUUCGGACGGCAAGGUGACGCAUAGGGAAUUGAUUGACACGGGAUGCCUUUAUCAGGGAAAGCUUGUGUUUCCACAAAAGUUCCAUGGCGGGAAUACGAAUGUCGCACUGGGUAUCUGCAACGGUCUGACAGGAGUUGUAAGCACACCAGACUAUGAUCUCGUCAUUAAACCACUCCAUGAGGACCACGCCCAAAGGUAUCGUAGAGAGAGCAGAAUGGAAGACUCGGAGGGUGAUUCACCAUUUGGGAGAAACGACGCGGGUUCGUUGUCCUCUGAACGCCUCCAUAUUGUAAUCAAACGGGACGCGCAGUACCCAGACGACUUCGAUCUCGGCAGUGGCGAUGUGACCGCGGAUAGAGGAGCCGACACUGAUAUGCAGGAACAUUUUUGUGGACUCGAUUCAAGAUACUUUGAGACCAUUUUUAAUCAUACAACACCGAUUCAGUCCCAAGAAAGGGCAGGCUACACGGGACGGAGAAGGCGGGACGCGGGAAGAAAUAGGCGGGAAACUGAUGAAGUUAAGGCUAUGGAAUUGCUGGUGGUGGCGGACAACCAGAUGAGACUAUUCUACGGUUCAGAUGUGGUUAAUUAUACCCUUAUCGUGAUGAAUAUUGCUGCCGGCAGGUUCCAGCAUCAAUCUCUUGGCAGGGGAUUAUUCUUUCAUAUAGUGAAGCUUGUUAUUAUGACCGCAGACUCAGUUACAACUCAAGAGGGCGCAACGCUAAAUUCGGUACCUGAUGGAGAAUUGACACUUGCCAGUUUCUGCUCUUACCAGUAUCACACAAACCAUCUUCAAGACGAUCACCCGGAUCACUGGGACAAUGCUGUCCUCAUCACAAGGCAUGAUAUCGAACUGAAACAGAAUAAGUACCUACUGGGGAUUGCCAAUUUGCGAGGUGCAUGCUCGGAUACUCACCAAUGCUCAGUGAAUGAAGACAAUGGCCCUUCAUCCGGUCUCAUCAUUGCUCAUGAAAUUGGCCACACAGUCGGAAUGCUACACGAUGCAGACACAGGUUGUCCUGCCGGGGCAAACAUAAUGUCAUCAAGCCGAAUUGGCGGGAGUGGUUCUUAUCUAUGGUCAGAGUGCAGCAGGGAACAAUUCGACGCAUUUCUCCGGUAUCCGACCGUCACUUGUUUGAAUGACAUUCCGGAAGUUCUAUCUGGCUUUGAAGGCGAGAGACUUCCGGGUGAGAUAUACGACGCCGAUGAACAAUGUUUGCAGUACUCGGAGUACUUCAGCGGUGCAUGCACGGACACAGCCCUUCCUAUAUACGGAGUCCAAGACCGAUGCCCGCAAAUGUUUUGUAGAUUUCCAAACGGACUUUGCUCGCGCACGGGGGUUGCUAUCGCAGACGGUACAACCUGCGGGGAAAAUAAGUGGUGUUUCGGGGGCACCUGUGUGGACCGGCCCAACACGCCAAUCGACGGGGGCUGGUCCCCUUGGGACGCGACAUGGGGCCCUUGUUCCAGAACGUGUGGCGGGGGUGUUGAGCUGAGACACCGGUAUUGCAAUGAUCCAGAGCCACGAAACGGAGGGGAAUCCUGUAAGGGUCAAUCAAUCGUAGCCAACAUGUGUAACGUUCAGCCAUGUGAAACGACACAAAGAGAGUUCCGUAAUGAGCAGUGUACGUCGUCUAGUCGUGAACCAUACGACGGUCUUGCUGACCUAACCUGGACCUCCACUACUGACAACCAAUCAGGAGAUCAGUUAUGUGAGCUAUGGUGCCAGGCCGAUUUGGCUUCGGCUACUGGGGAAACAGUGCGCGUAUUGGACCGACGUGAUGGUGGUUAUAUGGAUGGAACGCGCUGCUCGUUGGAUUACAACGAGAUGCGCGUAUGCGUGCAGGGGACGUGCCGAGAAUUCGGAUGUGACGGUUACCAAUACUCCGGCGUAAGAUUCGACGAAUGCCGGGUAUGCGGAGGGAACGGAUCAACUUGUCGCAGCGUAGACGGUUCUUUGCAACUCAACUUAUCCGAACAACAAUUCAGCACGUUUUUGACCAUCCCAAAAGGUGUGACGUCAUUCAGCGCGGUAAAUACAAAUACCUCAACAUUCAUGGAUGUAAUGAUAAACGGAGAGCUUGUCAUCGGUGGCAGUAGUCAGACCAGGCCGCCAAGAUGGGAGUACUGGUUUGAGAACAUCACAGUCUAUUAUCAGCUGUCACAAGGCCAGGAAGUCAUUCUAAUAGCGGGGCCCACAUUACACCCCAUAGAAAUACAGGCCUUCGCUGCUUCAUCCUUGGGAAUAGCUUCCGCCAAUAUCCACUAUGUCUACUACGUCAGUGACAGUGUAGUUAACCCAACGCCCACCCCGACUCCUGUUACUCACAUCUGGGCUAAGUCCGGAGGGGAAUGCAGCGUGACUUGUGGCGAUGGUACUCGAAUGGAAGUAGUUCGAUGUGUCGACGUCGUCGGUGUCCAGUUUGUUAACGACGCCCUCUGCGACGUAAAUAGCCGACCGGUUCCCCACGUGGAGUCCUGCCGGGAGGACGAUUGUCCCCCAAGGUGGUUCCUGGCGGACUUGAACACCACUUGCAGUGCCACCUGUGGCGAGGGGGUGCGCUCCCGAGUCGUGGUAUGUCUGCUCUUCGCAGUUGAAGGGGUUCGGGUUGUGGAUGACUCUUUCUGCGACGGCGCGGAAAAGCCAAACGCUGCCGAACCCUGUACAGACCUGCCUGAUUGCCCAGGGACGUGGGUGAUGAGCUCCUGGUCUGAGUGUAAGCCUUGUGCUAGUAGGACCCGUCUGGCGCUUUGCCGAACAGGCUCUGAUUUCCUGACCCAACUUGAUGACGAGGAGUGUCCGGAGCCCAAGCCCCAUACGUCGGAGCCAUGUGAGUGCGUCACGACGACACCAUUAACAAUAGAAUCUUCUUCCCAUCCGGUGGAAUAUAACGUCACGGGGACAACGGCUCAACCCGGAGGAGUCAGUGAGCCUCCUGCUAUUCGUCCAGACGAUAAUUUUCUCACACAUGACCGUGGAACUAUUAAGAAAUUGGGGUCAACAGAUGGCUCUUUGUCGAGUAUAGUUGUCGUCGCACCGCUUGGUUACGUGGUCCUCGUCUAUUUCGAAGUCGUCACUAUAGAUUGCUCAUUAGGUGAAUUAUUCCGUGUGAAGGACGAAGAGAAUGUAUACAGUGCAUGCAACUCAUUUACAAAUUUCAACUGGACAUCGACAGGCAGCAUACUUCAAUUCGAUCUUAUAACAACAGCAGACGACAGAGGGUACACAUUAUCGUAUCGCUUUAUCCCAGUUUCGAUACCAAUAUCUGACUGCGACCAGGUGUUUCUAGAAGACGCAGGUACCUUGUCCAGUCCCAACUACCCAUCGGAUUACCCGAACGACCAGCAGUGCGUCUAUCACAUCGUUGCCCCUCCCAACGUCAGAAUCAAUCUCUACUUCGACCACUUCGACCUGCAAUUGGAAGAUGCACUCCUCUGCUCGACAACAAGAGAUCACAUUUUGAUCAAAGACCUCGACCAGCGAUUUUACAGCAGCAUAUACUGUGGUCAACACGUCCCCUUCGGUUACGUCUCGUCCGGAAACCGGCUUAGAAUAAACUUUUUUUCGAAUUCGAACUUAUCGUCUUUGGGUUUCUCGGCAACGUACAAUUUCGUUGAAUGAGAAACACAAUGCCGUUGGGAACUUUGGAGAAGAAUCGAAAAGUGAUUCGCUGCAUAUUGGAUGUUCGCUGACACGAAGCUUGCCGAUUAAGUAUGUGGCCUAGUUCGGAUAAUGUCCCAGUUCGGAUAAUGUCGUCAGGAAUCCGGUUUUUAACCAAUUUCGAAUCCGAUUCGGACCAUUCUUCGAAAUAUAAAUAGUGUGUAGCUCAAAGGCGAACAUAAUUUGAUAUCAUAAUAAAAAUCAAUCUACACUACACUAUUACAAAUCGGACGCUUCCGAGAAUGAAUCAAUCAUGGUACGCGAGGCUUCGCGAUCUGACACAAGAGUUUUUAAAUCGUGUAACAAAUUAUUUGUAUCCCUACAUCAUUAUGCUAUCAACACAAUUUGUGUUGAAUAUCAAUCAAUAUGCAGUAUUUGUGUGGUUUUUUAAAGGAAUAGUCAUAAUUGACGUGGUAAACUGCUUUUGCUAUCAAGAAUACGAAAUAUGGACAUGGUGGUAGCAGUCAAAACAUCAAUUAUUCGAUGCAGGUUCUUUGACAGUUGUUAAGCUUUCUUAAAGUGGAAAAUGUAUGGUUCAUUGAAAAAUGUCAGCAUUAUUUAUUGUUUUCAAGGUUGCUUUGUAAUAUUUAUUUGUAUAUCAAUAUUGUAUUUUUAAACGCAGAACAAUUGUUUAUGUUUUACUACAUACAACAUGCAGGGCAUGGAAGGAAUUUUUGUAAAAAACACAAAUAUUUAUGUAAUGUAAAUUUUAUGACACUAAUGUCUCGCUUAUCUGUAAUGAAUAUAGUGAUUUAUUUAUUGUGUAGAAAAUAUGAAUCGUUUGAGAUCUAAUUAAAUCAGGAAAGCUCUAAACAAUA